UUUGUUUUUGUGUAGAAAAAGAAGACUGGAAUACAUUCUGCUCAAUCAUCAAGUAUUAAGGUUAUAUUAGAAGAAAUGAAGAAUGGUGAGUGUGAUAUAUCAUGUUGUUUCUCUCCUCUCAGGUGUUCAUGCGUUCCAGUUCAUGUACGGCUGUGAGCUGAAUGAUGAUGGCACCAAACGAGGAUACCUGCAGUUUGGUUAUGAUGGAGAGGACUUCAUCAGCUUUGAUAAGAACACCCUCACCUUCACAGCUGCAAAUCCUCAAGCUGUCAUUACCAAGAACAAAUGGGAAUCCACCAGAGCAGAGGCAAAUGUCUAUAAAGCAUAUCUGGACAAUGAAUGCAUUGAGUGGCUGCAGAAGUAUGUGGGUUAUGGGAAGGACACUCUGGAGAGAAAAGGUAGGAAUAUCAGUUGUUUGAUAAUCACUGCAUAGUGAGCAUUCAUCGUU